CCGUCUCAGUCGGCUGCGACCGCGUCGACGGACCAGAUUGUUUUCGGCACCCACCCGGGAUGGCCAGACGACUAGAUCGCGCGGGCAUCAAGACGCUCUAAGAAACAUCGUAGACGUGCAAUGCCCCACGCAAGAGUCAGCAAGAUCGAACAGUCGUUGAUCGCCGCGAUGGUCAGUGCAGUCAGCAUCAGACGCUGAACAUGGCGAUCGUCGAAACCAUCAACAUAACCAACGCGCACACGCUGGACAUCAUCGACAAGAAGGGCGUCCAGGUGCUCUUCUUCGUCAUCUACACGACGAUCUUCGUGGUCGGACUCUUCGGUAACGUGCUGGUGUGUUUCGUGGUGUUCCGCAACAAGGCCAUGCAAACCGUCACGAACCUGUUCAUAACGAACCUAGCGCUGUCCGACAUUUUGCUGUGCGUGCUGGCGGUGCCCUUCACGCCCCUCUACACGUUCCUGGGCAAGUGGGUGUUCGGCAGGGUGAUCUGCCAUCUGGUGCCCUACGCGCAGGGCGCCAGCGUCUACAUCUCCACGCUGACGCUGAUGUCGAUCGCGAUCGAUCGCUAUUUCGUCAUCAUCUACCCGUUCCAUCCGCGCAUGAAGCUCUCCACCUGCAUCGUCAUCAUCGUCAUCAUAUGGAUAUUCGCCAUUUUGGUCACGAGCCCUUACGGCAUCUACAUGAAACACGUGCAGGACCAGAACAACACCAGCAAGUACUACUGCGAGGAGAGCUGGCCGGUGGAGCAAUGGCGCGCCAUCUUCGGCGGUAUAACCACCGCGUUCCAGUUCCUCAUACCGUUCCUCAUCAUGGCGUUCUGCUACAUCUGCGUAUCGAUCAAACUCAACGACAGGGCGCGCGCUAAACCCGGCACCAAGAACUCCCGUAAGGAGGAGGCGGACCGCGAAAGGAAACGCCGCACCAAUCGCAUGCUCAUAGCCAUGGUCGCGGUGUUCCUGCUCUCGUGGCUGCCCCUCAACGUGGUCAACAUAAUCAACGACUUCAACAAGGACAUGAUCCAGUGGGACUACUAUUUCCUCAGCUUUUUCCUCGUCCAUCAGAUGGCGAUGUCGUCCACGUGCUACAACCCGUUCCUCUACGCGUGGCUCAACGAAAACUUCCGCAAGGAGUUCAAGCAGGUGCUGCCAUGCUUCGACGGGUCGACGCGUCGCGCGCCCUCUAGCAGCAGGUUCACCAACUGGCGCUCGGAACGAACAUGCAACGGAAACAACGAAACCCAGCAGGAGUCGCUGCUGCCUUCGUCCAUUCACCGGGUGCCGUCGGUGAGGGAGCGUAGGUUGACGCCGACGCCGCCCCCGAAGACCGACAGCGUCGAGAUGGAGAACAUCGUCGUGCCGACGGUGGGCGUCGAGUACGAUACCGCGUCGGAGAUGGUGAGGCUGAAGCUCAUCACCGAGGAGGACCCGCCGUCUUACGAGACCGCCGCCAAAGUGACUAGGGAGUGAUGAUGCAGACUUCACUAACCAAAACGAAAGAUGUCGCUACAAAAAAAUAUACUGUGUGCAGUGCCAAUUCUUUGUGUAGAACCGUGUGAAUGUAUAUAUUGAAAAUAAAGCAGUAUUUAUUAAUAAUUAAA